AUGAAGAAGGCUACCUGCCUGGACUGCGCUGCGAAUGACGGCUGCCAGCUGGGCCGCCAGAUGUGCCAGCGUGUCUUCGCAGUCUCCGGGCAAGCGUGCGUGACGGUGAAGGUUACGGUGCCGCAAGCCAAAGCAACGAUGUCAGUCACCAAAAACGUCACCGUGAAAGCCAUCAGCACCAAGAACGCACAUGCCACGGCCAAGGAGACCGCCACAGUCUCGCAGAAGAGCGUUGAGGAGGAGGCCACGGAAAGCGCUUCCGCGGAGAUCCCGAACAGCAAUCGAACUCAGAAGGCCACCGCGACGCGAUCCGCGACGGCAAGCGCCGUGGUGACGGGCGAGGCGACGGCAGAUAUCAACGUGCCCUACACGCAAUCGGCCAUCAGGACCAGCACAAAGACCCGUUCGGCAGAGGGCUAUGCCCAGGGGUCGGCCUAUGCCACUGCCUGUGCGUCACCGGAAGGUCCCUUGAGGACCCCGGACGCUCAGGCUGCCGCGGCCACUGCUGCUUACGCCCUGGAGAAGGCCUUCCGACAGGCGGCCAACUUCGCGCUGCGCAACGCCAAGGCAGCCGCCAUGGCGGAUGCAAAGAGGGACGCCCUGACCCAGGCCUCCAAGGAGGCCUUCGAGGCGGCCAAGGAUGCGGCGAGCGAGGUGGCAAAGGCUGCGGCCAUUUCCAAAGCUGCCGCUGGUGUCAAGGACCAUGCGGAGGAGGUGGCGGAGCAGACGGCGAAGGCCCGUGCCGUGGCCGCGGCCAAGGAGGCCGCGGAGCAGGUGGCGCGCAAGGAGGCCCAGAAGAAGGCGUCCAAGCUCGCGGAGGAAGCUGCACAGGAGAAGGCCGAGCGGCUGGCCAAGCACGGUGGCUCCAAAGAGGAGGCGGAGCCUGAGAAGGAGAAGACCGACAAGGACGAAGCAAAGAAAGAGUCCGAAGACGUUGCCAAGAAAGAGGAGGCCAAAAAGGAGGAGGAUAAGAAGGAGGUCAAGAAAGAGGCAAAGGAUGAGAAGGAGGAGGACACGAAGAAGGACGACAUGAAGGUGAAGGAUAAGAAGGAGGAGGACGAGCACAAGAAGGAGAAGGCUGAGAAGCUGGACAAGGAGGACAUGUUUGCGAAGUGGACUGCCGAUGAUGCAUUGGAGAAGGAGGCUGCCAAGGACAAGAAGGCCGCCGACAAGGAGGCCGCAGCAGCUGCCAAGGAGGCAGCAAAAGAGGAGGAGAAGAAGGAAGCCAUGGAUGCCUUCAAGCGCUGGGCAAAGGAGGGCGAGCAGUCCCAGCUGCUCGCCGAGGCCGCGGCGGAGCGCGAGGCCCAGGAGCUUGCUCGCGAGGGCGCGGACAUCAUCAGGAGGAUGACGAUGCCCGGCGGACUGCUGGCAGACGAAGUUUCCCAGGAUGUCUCUUUCCUUGCGCUGUUCAAGCGCGUCCUUUCCGAGGCUUGGCAGUUGCUUGCCAAAGGCCACGCUCUACAAGACGUCAGAUGUGCGAUGGAGCAGAAGGCCCUGUACGUGUUGAACUACACGGCACUGAAAGCCCUGCUCCGGAGGCUACGAGGUCGUGAACCCGGGCUGCUGGCAACUGUUCUUCUCGGGUAUAUCAGUGAUCUCUUGUGCGUGCCAAUUAGCAUUCCCAUGGAGGCACUGGUCGUGCAGCUGCAGACGGCUCCGCCCAGCAGCUCAAAGUCCGAGAUAGUGCACAAGGCCCUCUUCACUCGAGAGGGCCUUCGCGCGGCAGUGAAGUCCGGGAGUGCGUACUUCGUGGUUUCGCUGAAGCCUGGCAUCGAGUUCGCACUCUUCGAUUGGUUGAAGAGCAAGAUCCUGAAUGCCGGACAUGCAGCGGCCAAGGACCUCCCGCCUCUUCUGGCCUUCCUGCUUGGAGCUCUUGCACGGGGCAUCGCAACAUGCUUCGUGUAUCCCUACGUGCGGGGGAAGGCGCUCGCGCAGGCAAAGCUGGCACCGAGCGCUUCUGCAGCUUUGCAGAAUGUCUUCUUUGACGAGGGUCCACUCGCCCUCUAUCGUGGCCUCAGCAUGGAGAUCAUGCGGGGGAUGACUCAGUCUGCCGUCAUGUUCGCUGUUACGGAGAAAAUCCGAUCGGAGGUGAAGUGGCGACUUGCGCCUCUUGCAUGCACUUGUUCGGGAGCUUGUUGUACGCAUGUGGUCAAUUCGCUCCCUUGCCCCCAGCAUGUUGACACAGGCCACCAUUGUGACAGCUGCGACAAAGGUCGCAGCUUUGCUUAUGCUUGCCCGGCAAUAUGCGUUAUGUCAGUAGCCCGGCCAAGGGGCCGUGCGAUUCUGCCGCUGCUAUUGCAUCGGGAUGCCCUCCUUAAGAGGGGGAGGGCAGUCCUGCAUUCCUACUAG